CACUGCCACGUCUCUCCUGGGGAGCAGCCGCCGCCGCCGCAGCUGAGGGGGGAAGAGGGAGCCGGCGAGCGCGGGGAAAGGUGGCGAGAGAAGGAGCGUGGGGGGGCUGGGCUAGGUUCUCCCGCCCCCUCCCUUCCUCCCUCCCCACUGCUCCCCGGGGAGCUGCUGAACCCCGACCCCCUGCAGCGUGGCCCUGCUGGGCAAGUGGCUGCACCCGCCCGUUUGGCCCUGGUGGGUGCUGGCAGGGUGGGUAGGUGCUAGGCGAGUCUUCCCGCGGGGUGGGGAGCCGGAGCCAGGCCUCCCACCCGGGUAACACGGUGCCUGCUGCUGCCAGGGCUGGGGAGGGACCCCGGGCUCGGCAGCGGCAGCAGCAGCUGCUGGUGUUGGGGGAGGGGGCUGGAGUGUGGCUCUUUGUUGCUGCUGUGUGAACGGGACCCUCCUCCUGGCUGAUGUCUGAGCUGCACCACUACCUCCUCCAUCCGCACUUCGAUGUAGUCUUCCAUCCUUCCCUCUCUGAGUUUAUAAGAAGUCUCAGGAAGCUUCAAAGCUGGGAAGGCCUUGGGGUUGUUGUCUGGGUCUCAGGGCAGAGCCUGCUGGAGGCACUGGAAGUGGAUCGGUUCCUGGUCAUGCCCGGUGGAAGGAGGGGACCCAGUCGGCAGCAGCUAAGCCGUUCAGCUUUGCCUUCUCUCCAGACUUUGGUUGGCGGGAGCUGUGGCAACGGCACUGGUCUAAGAAACAGGAAUGGUAGUGCAAUCAGCCUCUCAGCUCCUCCCAUAACGGCCUUGAUCACCCCAGAGCCUGUGCGUCACUGCCGGAUCCCUGACCUGCCACUGGACGGGAGCCUUCUCUUUGAAUUCCUCUUCUUCAUCUACCUGCUAGUGGCCCUCUUUAUUCAGUACAUCAAUAUCUACAAGACUGUCUGGUGGUAUCCCUACAAUCACCCUGCCUCCUGCACCUCUCUGAAUUUUCACCUCAUUGAUUACCACCUGGCGGCGUUCAUCACGGUGAUGCUGGCGCGGAGGCUGGUGUGGGCCCUCAUCUCCGAGGCCUCUCAGGUGGGCGCAACGUCAGUGAUUCACUACAUGGCACUGAUUAUGGCGCGCCUGGUGCUGCUCACGCUGUGCGGUUGGGUACUUUGCUGGACUCUGGUCAAUCUCUUCCGCAGCCAUUCUGUGCUCAACCUCCUCUUCUUGGGCUACCCGUUUGGUGUCUACGUUCCCCUGUGCUGCUUCCACCAAGACAGCAGAGCGCAGCCCCUCCCAACCGACUGCAGCUACCUGGUGCAGGAUCAGAUGGUGGAUGAUGGGACCUCAGGCAUUGGCAGCCUGGUGAAACCCAAAGACUUCCUCUCCCUCCUGCGGGAGUCCCUGAAAGAACAGUUCAAUAACCCUACGGCCAUCCCAACCCACAGUUGCCCCCUCUCCCCAGACCUCAUCCGCAAUGAGGUGGAGUGCCUAAAAGCGGACUUCAACCGCAGGAUCAAGGAGGUUCUCUUCAACUCCCUCUUCAGUGCCUACUACGUGGCCUUCCUGCCGCUGUGCUUCGUGAAGAGCUCCCAGUACUACGACAUGCGCUGGUCCUGCGAGCACCUCAUCAUGGUGUGGAUCAACGCCUUCGUUAUGCUCACCACGCAGCUGCUGCCCCCCAAGUACUGCGACCUGCUGCACAGAUCGGCCGCCCACCUGGGCAAGUGGCAGAAGCUAGAACACGGCUCAUACAGCAACGCCCCACAGCACAUCUGGUCAGAAAGUACAAUCUGGCCACAGGGCGUGCUGGUGCGACACAGUCGAUGCCUGUACAAGGCAGUAGGGCCUUACAAUGUAGCAGUGCCUUCAGAUGUCUCCCACGCCCGCUUUUAUUUCCUCUUUCACCGUCCAUUACGGCUGCUUAACCUGCUUAUCCUCAUCGAAGGCAGUGUCGUCUGCUACCAGCUGUACUCCCUGCUGCGCUCGGAGAAGUGGAACCACACCCUCUCCAUGGCCCUCAUCCUCUUCUGCAACUACUAUGUCUUAUUUAAGCUCCUCCGGGACCGGAUAGUAUUGGGCAGGGCCUACUCUUACCCCCUCAACAGCUACGGACUCAAGGCACAUUAACCUGCCAAACGCUCCAAGGGGUGGGGGUGGGGGGGAGGGGAGGGAACGUCAGAAAAACUAUUUUCGUACAGUUCUAUUUUUUCUUGCGCUGUUUAUAAAUAUUUAAGAUAUUUUAUAUUUUGUAUACUAUUGUUUUGUGGGGCGGGAAGGGGGCAAGUGGCAAUUAAAUGUCGCUUUAUAAACAAGGUGUUAUUUUAUAUAUAUCUAUACAAUCAGUGUGUAUAUACCGUAUAUCUAUAUCCAUACAUACAGUUAUGUGAAGCAACAGGCUUGUGCGUCUGGUCACUGUGUCUGCUUUGCUCACACAAUCGCACUGCCACUGU